UACUCAGCACUGUUGCAGGGCUGAAAUGCUGGGUUAACAUGAUUUUUUUCUCUGAGGUCUGAAAGUUCAUGGGGAUACUGGAGUUUUUGAUCAAUGUCAAAAGGAGAGAAGAAGCUGAGAGGGACCUUGUGUGACAGACAUCAGAGCUACUAUGAGACUGUGUUUUCUCAAGAUUCUGAUUGGGGAAGUGACCAGUUUCUUUGUCAAGACAGAGGGAGCUCAGGAGAAGACCAUAGUGACCGCUGACUGCUGUUACUUCAACCCCCUCCUCCGCAGGAUCGUCCGGUUCCUGGGGGUGUACUCCUUCGGUCUCUUCACCACCACCAUCUUUGCCAAUGCAGGCCAAGUGGUGACAGGAAACCAGACGCCUCACUUCCUGUCCGCCUGCAAACCCAACUACACGGCCCUGGGCUGCCAGUCUCCGCUGCAGUACAUCACGGAGCGCCGAGCCUGCACAGGAAACCCGUACCUGGUGGCGUCCGCUCGCAAAUCCUUCCCGUCCAAAGACGCUGCACUCAGCUUCUACUCAGCUAUCUACACAGUGAUGUAUGUGACCCUGGUGUUCCGGACCAAAGGGACCCGUCUGACCAAGCCGACCCUCUGCCUGGUGCUGCUCUCUCUGGCCGUGCUCGUGGGUGUGGUGCGGGUGACUGAACACAGAAACCACUGGAACGAUGUCUUGGCAGGCUUCCUCACUGGAGGGGCCAUCGCUGCCUUCCUGGUGACAUGUGUGAUCAACAACUUCCAGCCAACCAAGAUAGCAGCGCCAGUUCUGCCCCCGCAGCGCCCAGAGCCCCCCAUCGCUCUGCCUCUACUCAGCCUGCCCCGUGUGGAGAGUCCACUCGAAAAGUUAAGUGGCCUCCAGGCUGCAGGGUUACCGUAUUCUGAGAUCACAUGACCAUCAGCCAAUCCGGUCCCCCGCCCCUCCCGAUGUGCUCCUCCCCUCUCGGCGUUGCCUCACCAGCGCAGUCUAGACUUGCCCUCCGAACGCCGGCCACCCUGCCCCGCCCACCCUGAAGGACGACCCCCUCUCCGACGAGUCAAAUCCACCCAGGUCUGACCAAUCACAGGAGUCAGCGCAGCACCGUGCACCCGUGGCCAAACCUGGCUCAACCUUGUCUUCUGCUCUGGGCCAACAAGACGUGGAGCUCUAUCCUGUCUUGUCCUGUUCUUGUUUUUUUUUCCUCCAAGAUGGCCUCCGUUUUUGCUUUGGGAAAAAAAAAAAAAAAAGAAUAUACUUUUACCCAACAAGACCCAGCGAAAGACUCACCAAAGCCAGAGCUGUUGAAGCAAUACUGUGUCCUCUUUCUUUGUCCUGUUUUUCAUAAAGACUCAGUAGUGGUUCUUUAAUUGGUGGCGACGGCUGGAUAAAACCACUCUAAGAACUCAGUGCUGUGGAGCCGAGGGUUUAGAGAUGGAAUUUAAAAAAAAAAAAAAAAGAAGAAGACGAAAAGAAAAGAAAAAAGAAAAGAAACCGUCACUGGUGGAUUGUCCUCAAAAGACCAUUUUGUAACACUCAGGAAAAAAGGACAAGAUGAAAAAUAAACAAAGACCUUUAUAUAAUCAAAGGGGAAUUACCUUUGUAAAUUAUAGAACAGUAGAUUUUUUUUUUCUUUUUUUUUUUUUUUCAAAUAUAAGACAUUGUCAUCCAAGAGGAAAGCACUUUUGUAAAUUACUGUAUGGCACAGAUGAACCAAUUUAGUGUUCAGUAGACUAUGUUGUGUCUUGUGUCUUCUGGGGCAUUUAUUGGAGUUUGAUCUUCUGCUGUAUAUUGUAUGAGAUGAUAUAAGAGAGUUUUAUACACACUAGUGCUGUGCUUGUGAUAUAAUCCCACAUUUCUUUUGGGGCAUCAGUUAAUAGGAUCAGUCAUCCCUGAAGUGAACUGAACUGGGAUUCUCACCAAUUAUCCACAUCUCUUUUAUCUACUUGCUAUUCAGGUAAGUAUUUGUUCAUGUCUGUGGGUUUUGUGUCCAUGCGGUGAACUGAUUGGAGCGUCUUUAAUGUCUGGCUUCCUACCUAUUCUCAUGUGGAGAGUAGUUUUCUUUCUUGCUUUUACCUCACAUUACUCCUUGAUGCUGUCUCAUUCUUCAUACUUCCUCUACUUUUUAAAAAUAAUUUAUCUAAAUUUCCAUAAUCCGAUGUUGCACAUUCACAUAUUCACAUCACACGCACAUGGUGUUUCCAAAAUAUUUUACUGGCUUUACAUGGCGCGAGAGCUAAUACGAUCGCACUUGUUGAUGCUGCUGUUUCUACAUCUGUCCUCUCCAGCUUUUCUAAACCCUCAUCAACCAACAUCAUUUUAUUACAUUCAUCCUUGUAAACCAAUGCCACAGGCGGAGGUCAGACCUCUGGUGUUUGUAUAGUUUUGUACAGUACAUAGGUUUCUUUAAACAGUAUAUACAUUAUCAACAUGUUUAAAUGAAUACUCAAACAUUUUGGGCACAAUAGCCUUUUUCCAGCUCACCCAGACUGAGACAAGAUGCUGGAUACCAUUUUCACCUCUGUAUGUCCGGUGGUUCGGUUCCUAUUGGUUGCAUUUUGUGUUCGCUUAGCAUAAACACUUGAGGUCUAUGGGAGUUGUUAGCGAAGCUCCGCCAAAGUGAAACCUGAUAGCACCUCCAAAUCUGUCUUAUUUACACAGUGUGUCAUGUCUACAUGUCUUGAAAUUUUUUUUAAAGUAGUUUUAGGAGAAGUUAAUUUGUGCCAGAUCUUCUGUACCUUCAGUGGUGCAGGGUUCAUCCUCGAUUUGUUUACUACCUGUUACCUAACACCUGUCACUUUCAUGGAAAGGAGAAAAAAAAAAAGUUCAGUGACUUACAUAUGAUCAAGAGGGGAAGAAAUGGAUAAAUAAAAUAAAAAAAUAAUAAAAAUGAAAAAAUGAACAUACCGGGAAACACUACAUUUUAGUGUGAAACAAAGAUAGAUAGAUAGAUAGAUAGAGAUAAUUGUGCGUGUGAAUGAUAUAGAUCCUUAUGAGUUAGCAGCUCAGAACUGCAUUAAGGACCCGAUGAACUACCACCAUGCACAUAUCCAUAUUCACAAGCCAGAGAACUGCAACAGCACAGUUAUACUGGCAAAGGUAAGGUGUCACUCUUUGUGCCCCACUUUGCUGGUAAAAGAACUGCAUAAACGCCCUUGCAGAGCAGAGAGAAAUAAGUAGCCUUAAUGUUUUUAGGUCACCAUCAGUGACCAGGUUACUGGUUCCCACAAAACAGGAGGGAUAACAGAGAUGGAGUUUGUUUACAUAGCCUGUGUGAUCCUUGGAGGAUGGCGCCUGCGGCCCAAUACGCAAGGAGGCAUGAUGUAACUUUGCGUUUGUGGUUACAGCUCCAUCAUCUAACUUCUCCUAAAACAUCUCUCAUUUUUUAACAAAAACUGCGACGAGAGCUUCAAAGUUGCUCUAAGGUUUAUUUUUUCACUUUAACAGAGCUUUGCUAACGACCCCCAUAGACUUCAACUCUUUAUGCUAAGCUAACACAAAAUGCUACCCAUAGGAACCGAGCCACUGGAAGCACAGAGGUGAAAACGGUAUCGAGCAUCUUGUCUCAGUGCAGGUAAGUCAGAACAAGGGUAUUUUUCCCAAGAUGUUGGAGUAUUCCUUUAAAUGGUGUGAACAGUGUGGAGCUACCUGAACUGUCUCAGAGUAGUAGCAAGAUCUCAAGCAGGAAUGUAGCGCAGUGGAGUGGUGUGUGUGCAUGUGAGUGUGUGUGUGUGUGUGUGGCACACACAUCUGUAUGUUUGGCUCACAACUUGCUUUGGAUCUGCUCAGUUCAAAAGGACAGUGCAGGCACGUUACACUGGUAAGAGAAUAUACAAUGGUUUAUUUAAAGUAUAGACGGAGAAAUUGCAACUCUGAUUUCUAUGGUCUAAUUAACUGUGAGUGUGCGUGUGUGUCUGCGUGCAAAUGAGUGUGUGUGUGUGUGUGUGUGUGUGUGUGUGCUUAUUGAGGUCUGUGUGUAUGUUUAUAAUGAGCACACUGUACGGCGGCAUAACUGUUAAUUUGGCAAUCUGUAUCCUUAAGUUAACCUGUCAAAAAUAGUUCUGCUAUAAUUACGCACUCACACUCGAGUGUAACUUCAGGCCUUCUAAGGACCCCUACCAGGACGUCCAAACAAUGCCUGUUAUAGCAGAAGGUGCUCAUUAUAGCUGUGACAAUACCUACAGUACAACUUUUCAGUCUGAAUCUUUUGUAAACAACUGAAGAGACAGAAUACACCAUGGCUGUCCAAUUAAUGUUAUUUUCAUGUUAAAAUGUCUCUGUUUUGUAUUUAUUUGACAAAAUAAAUUCCAAUUACCAUA